GGAUGCUUCACUGGUGACUGAACGACAAGGCUUGGGAUCGUCACACUUCGUCUCACCCUCAUCUUCCGUCACUCUCACUUCCGCUACUCGUGUGCAGACCCAUCUCAUCUCGAUCUCGUCUGCCAUUCACCGCAUUUCACGACAAGACACCGAAUCCGUCUUUGAUCCAUCAACUUGAUACUUUGGCUCAACACCGGCCAAAAGGACGCACGAGUCCGCCUUCCCGACCAAGUCCCAUCCUCAGCCCAUCGACCAGGCUUCGUACGAGCAAAGAUGAACUCGAGAACACGUCGCGCAGCCAAGAAGGGAGUCUCCUUCUGCCUCAUGGUGGUGGGAGCGUCCGGUACAGGAAAGACGACCUUUGUCAACACCCUGUGCGAGUCUGACGUUCUAGGCCAUAAGAUCUCUGAUCAGCCGGACACUGCGCACAUCGAGGAGGGAAUUCGUAUCAAGCCUGUCAACGUUGAGCUGGAAGAGGAUGGUAUGCGCAUUGGCUUGACUAUCGUUGAUACACCCGGUUUCGGCGAGAACAUCGACAACGAGUACGCUUUUCAGGAGAUCGUUGGAUUCCUCGACAGACAGUACGAUGACAUUCUGGCCGAGGAGAGCCGUAUCAAGCGUAACCCCCGCUUCAGAGACAAUCGUGUCCACGCUCUGCUCUACUUCAUCACCCCCACUGGUCACAGUCUACGAGAGAUGGACAUUGAGCUCAUGCGACGACUCAGCCCCAGGGUCAACGUCAUUCCCGUCAUCGGAAAGGCUGACACCAUGACUCAUGAGGAGCGCAAGGACUUCAAGCGACGUGUGAUGGAAGACAUCGAGCACUACGGAAUUCCCGUCUACAACUUCCCCUACGAUGUCGAGGAGGAUGAUGAGGAGACCAUCGCCGACAACUCCGAGCUCCGAGCUUUGAUGCCCUUCGCCGUCAUCGGAUCCGAAGAGGAGGUCGUCAUCAGCGGUCAGCCCGUUCGGGCUCGCACAUACCCUUGGGGCAUCGUCGAGGUCGACAACCCCAAGCAUUCGGACUUUGCCCGCUUGAGGUCUGCUUUGCUCAGCACCCAUUUGACCGAUCUCAAGGAAAUCACCCACGACUUCCUGUACGAGAACUACCGUACCGAGAAGCUCUCGCGUACUGUUCACUCUGAUUAUGCCGACACGGCGAUGCCAGCGGACGAGCUGGCAAAUCAGAGCGUCCGUCUCAAGGAGGAGCAAUUGCGCAAGGAGGAGGAGAAACUGCGCGAGAUUGAAUUGCGCGUGCAGCGCGAGAUUCAAGAGAAGAGGCAAGAGCUCGUUGCUCGUGAAGAGUCUUUGAAGGCUUUGGAAACCAGACUGGCAACGAAUUAGAGCGACAAGAUGUGUCUUGGCGCUCUUGCUUCACGUCGAGGACGUGGUGCUCCCAAAUUUGUCCAGAAUUGUUCUCAAAGAAAGUUGUCACUGUACUCUCGAUUUCCAUCCUUUUCUUUUACUCUCUUUCAGUUGAGCGUCAAUUUCUCUCUUCACCUGCUUUCCCCUGCUGGCGAGUUGGGUUCAUUAACACUGAAAUUCUGCGUGGGUUGCUUGGUUUGGGUUCAAAUCAAACGAGGAGCACGCCCCAAUGUACCUUGCCUAAAUUCUGAACGCAUUUGUUCUUCGUG